GCCACCACACCCAGCCGGAAUAGUGAGCAGGAAUUAUGUGCAGCAGGUCACUGGUGGCAUUACUGGCGGUGGGGACGUUGGUUGGGGGCGCGGCGGCCUUCCUCGCUACGCCCCUCAACGUGUCUGAUCCUGAUGUAGCCAAUAUCCUGUGCACACACCAGGCCUCGGACAAGUACCGGGACCACGAGUGGAUCACACAGGAGGGCAUCAGACGCAACAUUCGUGAGUUUUUCCUGGCCUUCCCGCCACCCAGCAACCCGAGUUUGCACCUGCCAGAGGAUGCCACGCUCAGCCAGCUCUUCCACUUGUACUACGGCAGCACCGCCUCCCCGACGCGUUUCAUCAAGGCUGUCAACUCCAUUGCCAUGUCAAACAUCAACACAGACUCCUCUUACAAACUCAGGUAUGACCCGGAACUGCACAGCGAUGCCGAGAGGCUGAACAACACCCACCAGGAGCUGUCGGAGCGCUUCCCGCAGAUCCUCUCCUCCAUCCUCAUCCAGGAAUCCUACGCCGGCGCCCGCUCCCUCCUCGGCACCUCGCUGCAUUCCAUCCAGGACUUCUACUCCCACUCCACAUGGAUCGAACAGGGCAACAAGGCCAUCCUCAGCGGCCUAGGCUUGCCUGGAUACGAUCUUGGCACCGUGGCAGGCCCCAGCGAGGAUGUGUGCACUCCCUGUCCCAGCCCGCAGGGCACGUGUACAGGCAACGUGAAGGUCGGCGCGGGUCUCACCAGCGGCUACUACACUUACUACACCGAGAUGGGCAAGGACGACCUCAUUCCGAAGCCUACCACAGGAGGAAAGUGCAGCCACGGGGGCUCGCAGGAUGAGAGCUCCCUGAAACCAGCAGUGGGCGGCAUCAACAAGGACACGCCCUAUUCCUGCUUCUCGCCCCACCACUACCUCCACGAUCAGGCAGCGGAGCUCGCCGUGCUGGCCACCAAGCACUACCUCAACCAGGUCCUCAACGCCGUGGGUUUUGACAAGUACCGUCGCCUCUUUGACUUGUAUCUCGGUUCGGCGCUCUCCAUCUCCGUCGACACUACCGGCUCGAUGGGUGACGACAUCAGUGCGGUGAUAUCCCAGGUGGAGGAAAUCGUGGCCAACUCCAGCCCAGAGAAGUACAUCCUCUCACAAUUCAAUGACCCUGAUUGCGGGCCGGUGUUCGAGACCACGGAUGGGGAAGAGUUUCUCAUGGCCGUGAGGAAUCUGACUGCGUUUGGCGGCGGCGAUUACCCCGAGCUGUUUUGGUGUGGUCUGCAGCUGGCCCUCUCGGUGACGCCGGACUAUGGGGAUGUGUUCUGCUUCACGGACGCAGUGGGCAAGGACGGGGAGAAGAUGCCCGGGAUCAUCAGCCAAGCGCAGAGGCAAAAUAUCAAGGUGACGAUAAUCCUAAGCGACAUCAUCGAAGACAAGAAGAGGAGUGCGAAGAAGCAGAAUGUGAGCAAAGGUGACGCGAGGAAGAAGCGGCACCGGGCGGAGAGGGAUCUGAUCACGACAAUUGAUGACUACCGCAGACUGACGGACGCCACGGGAGGCCUGCUCAUCAGCGCGUCCAAGUUUGAUGUCAGCGAUAUUGUGGGCAUCAUGGGCAGCGGCGUGGAGACUUCAACGGUCAUGGUCAUGCACCAGGAAGGGUCCGGCAUGACAUCCGCGACCUUCCCAGUCGAUGACACACUCACGGACUUCGAGCUUCGCCUGUCUGGAGAGCUUACCGCUGCAAUGCUCACCGAUUCUGGAAAGACGAGCUACAACCUGAUGGACUCCACGGCCCUGGAGGCGGCGGGCGUGGACCUCAUCACCUUCACCAAGCACUUCAAGGCACUGCGGUGGACGGCGCCGCUGACCGGAGAGUGGCGCCUGGACGCAUCCACACUCAACAACCUCACUGUCACAGUCCUCGCCACCUCCUCCCUCGACUUCCUCGCCUCCUUCUCCCUGCUCGAUGCCACGCCUCCGCACCCCCACCACAGACCCACGGAAGGCCAGCCGCUCAUGAACAUGGCCUACUACCUCGAGGUAACAUUGGUGGGACAUCUUGAGAGCGAAGUGAGCAUGGUGUCCGGUGUCCAGUUCAUCGAUAAGGAAGGGAAUGUGCUGCGAGAGAUCGACUACGUCCCGCCAGUGAAAGACCAAGUCUACUUGUGGACCUCCCCACUUCCUGACCAGCCCUUCUACGUGCGGAUCCUCGGCUACCUCGUCUCAGGCAACCAGUGGGCAAGACAGAUGCCCGUGGAGGUGUGGCCCGUGGAGACACUGGUAGAGCUCUUCUCCACCACAGACGACCUGUCAGCGCCGCCCGGAGGAAGCGCCACAGCCGAGUUCCUGGUGGUGAACUACGGGCUGGAGAGUUACUUCGACAUCACCGCCACUGACGACCUUAAUUUCCUGGUCACCAUCAAUCCUGACAGGGUAUUCCUCGCCACCAACCAGACCACCAUAGUGCAGGCGAGCUUCCAGGUACCCACGACGGCCACCCACGGCCAGGUGAGCACCGUGCUGGUCACCGCCCGCAGCGAAGUGCAGAAACUUUCCUACAACACUGCACUCACCCGCUUCUUCGUCCUUCCCGCGGUAUCGGACACCGACUCGCCCACCUGCGUGCUGAGCCACAUGCCGAGCUGCUCAGGCUUCAACAACAACGGCCUGUGCUCCACCAAAACCUGGGACGUGAUGGCCACCCUGCAGGACCGUGGCUCAGGACUGUACUUGGUGACCGCUGUACCUGAUAGCCAGAACAUGACGGUCCCGAGUUUCACGCCGGGCACUACCUCGGAGGUGCACAUGCAGUACCUGAGCGACUGUUGCACCACACAGGUCCAGAUUCGAGGCGUGGAUGGCCAUGGCAACGUGGGCAACUGUGACAAGAUUGACAUGGGCACGCUGGGAGGCCUCAUUUACUACUUUGAGACGGAGAUGGCUGGAAGUACAUGGCUGGCGAUGCGUUGGAACAUCACCAACAGCAGCAUCCCAGUGUCCCAUUAUGAUCUCUUGUUCGACGGCCAGUUCCUGCACCAGAUUCCCUGCCAUGAGAACUCGUGUACUGAUCAUAUUGGUUACCUGGAGCCUUGCACAACGCACACCUUAACCGUGAAUCCCGUUUUCUACCACUCGGGCGGGACAAUAGAGGGCAAGGGACGCUCCACUACUGGCACAACGCUGGAGGAAGUGCCCAGGACCCCGAUCAACGGCAAUGAGAUAGACGCCACUGAGACCACCAUCACUAUCGCCUGGGAAUCUGCCAACCCAGACUGCAGCUUCAAAUACAAGGUGUGCACGCAUGAGGUGAACACAGACCCGAGUACUGCGGUGUGUCAAGAGACCUUCGACUCCUUCAUAACGAUCACGGGCCUGGUGGAGUGUCGCGCCUACAACAGCGAAGUGCGGGCUCUCUCCCCCUCCUACAACGCCAGCAGCCCUCUCACCUUCUACUCCGUCACCAUCUGCGUGGACAUCCCCUGAGCCUUGGCCUGAGAUACCCCGACAGUUCCUCUCCCUCUGCCCCUAAUUUUUUUAUUUUUUUUCUGUAAAGCAGGCUCUGGCUAAAGGCUAGAAAAGGUAAAAAAUCAAUAAAAAAAAAGUCCUACUGAUGGUCCCAGUCUCCAAAGAAUGAAGCCAAAAGGAUUAUCCAAUAUUAGAGAAGUGUCUUGUAACUUCCCUUUUGGAUGAGUCGAAGCCAUAGGUAGAGGGGAACUACAGAAGCUGCCAGGGUGUUCCAAGGUUUACCAGUGAAAGGAAUGAAAGAUUGCGAAUACUUGUUUACUCUUGCAGUAGGGAGGUGAAUAUAAUAAGAGUGGAAGAAAGUAGAAAGCAUGAUUGAAGCAGUCGUUGUGUCCUGGCUUUGUUGCUAUUUUCAUUAUUUUCUACGUUUCUGUGCUGUUCCUUUCAUACAUCAUCAUUUUAAUUACCGCGAGUGUCGCUUUUUUUCGGUGAUGUUUAGGUGGUGGUGGUGACCUCACUGCCCACGACGGUUGUGAUGUCCAGGGUGUUCUUGCAAUUGUUAAGGCUGGAGCUGAGGAUACUGCUCUCUGCACUGUAAACACGUGACAAUCUGAAUACUGUCCACGGUGAUGUACACAUUACAAUACACUUAGUGCAGUGUGUGAAGAGUGACUGGCCUGACUGGUUGUGACUCACAUCAUCCCUGGCCGAUUUCAUUCACUCUGACCAAUGACCCGCUUAUAGGGUUUGCUCCUCUUGUUGUUGUUGUUGUUGUUGUUGUUGUUGUUGUUGUUGUUGUUGUCGUUGUAACCGUUGAUGACGUAAUGUUAUAUUUUGUACAUGUACCGCAGAAAGAGGCUUCCAAUAAAAAAUAAUAACCCAA